UAUAACUAAUGCCGGUGCCUGGGGAGCGCCUCUCUGCGGUACCGGCUCAGGAAACGCACGUUGUAGUCCGGGGGAGAUGGACGGCAAAGUUUCCGAGGGAGCUGACAGCUCCUCCUCUUCAUCACUUUCUUCCUCGGGCUCCCAGACUCUGUCAGAAGGGGAGAUGAAGGCGUCUAGUGAGGGGAGCAGCACCGACUGCGACUCUGAGGGUCAGCACCUCACACAGGAGGAGGAGAGGAGACGGCGGAGCAGAGGGGAGCAGGACGAGGCGGACGAGGAGCUCGACAACAUAUUGUCCCCACCUCCUAUGCAGUUGCGCAAAUGCAGUACUCCCGAGGUGUCCUUUCGGUCAGGCAAGUCUGUAAAAUACAAAAAGUCGCUGAAUGACGAUGGACGGCUGCUGAGAAGAGGGAGUCUGGGAGGAGCUCUGACAGGACGAUACUUGCUACCCGCUGUCACUGCGCAACAGUCUUGGCAGGUAUCUGCGGAAACCUCUAAUUUGGUGCGAAUGCGGAGCCAGGCCCUAGGGCAGUCUGCCCCGUCUCUAACAGCCAGCCUAGUGUUCCACAAGAAUUAAUGGAAAAUGGAGAUGAAAUUUCAGAAUUUCACAAUUUU